AUGAGCACUGAAGCUCACGUUUCGGAGAAGACUGGUCUUCCAGUCGGCGCGGCAGUAGAACAUGAUUCGGAAAAGGGGCACCCGGAAUUCAAUGAGCCACCAACCGGCUGGCUCUAUCGUGAACGAAAACUCGGACCGAUCACACUUCCCUACUAUGCGUCCCCAAUUUCUCAGCUGCUUAUUGUAGCUUUCGUUUGCUUCCUCUGCCCCGGUAUGUAUAAUGCCUUGUCGGGGCUUGGAGGUGCCGGCCAGCUCGAUCCUACCGUCGCCGAUGAUUCGACAGUCGCUCUGUAUGCUACAUUCGCAUCCGUUGCAUUCUUCUCCGGAUCUAUUUGCAACAAGAUUGGCGUCAAGGCUACCCUUUCCUUUGGCGGCUUCGGUUACGCACUGUAUUCCGCUUCCUUCCUCUGUUACAACCAUACUGGCAACCGUGGAUUCGUCAUUUUCGCUGGCGCAUUGCUCGGCGUUUGUGCUGGCCUGCUAUGGUGCGCUCAAGGUACUAUUAUGAUGUCGUAUCCUCCUGAGAAGUCGAAGGGAAGGUAUAUCAGUAUCUUCUGGAUGAUUUUCAAUCUUGGAGCUGUUAUUGGCAGUUUGGUUCCUCUUGUCGACAACAUCAAGAAUAAACAUGGCAACGUGGGUGACGGUACUUACAUUGGCUUCUUGGUUCUCAUGGGUGGAGGCGCAAUUCUCGCUCUGUUCCUUCUCGACUCCAACAAGAUUAUCCGUAAAGAUGGUUCUAAGGUCAUCAGUGUUCAACAUCCAUCCUGGAAAUCCGAGCUUCUAGGUCUCUGGGAAGUUCUCAUCUCCGAGCCAUGGAUCCUCGCACUAUUUCCCAUGUUUUUUUCCUCGAACUACUUCUACAGCUACCAAUUCAACGCCUACAAUCUCGCCAGAUUCACGACUAGAACCCGUUCUCUCAACUCCUUGCUCUACUGGCUCUCCCAGAUCAUCGGCGCUGGGAUCAUGGGGUUUGCGCUCGACACGCAACGUCUGACUCGUAUCACUCGUGCUAGAGUUGGAUUCGCCUUCGUUUUCAUCCUCACCCUCGGUAUCUGGGGUGGCGGUUAUGCCUUCCAAAGACAAUACAAUCGCGAGACCGCUGAGAUCAUCCCUAAGAUCGAUUGGCACGAUAGCGGAUACGGUGGCCCCCUAGUCUUGUAUAUGUGUUACGGUCUCUAUGAUGCGAUUUGGCAAACUUACGUCUAUUGGGUUAUGGGCUCUCUCUCCAACAAUUCCAGAAAGCUUGCCAUCUAUGCUGGUUUCUAUAAGGGCAUCCAGAGCGCCGGAUCUGCCAUUACUUUCCGCCUUGACUCUUUGAAGGUUCCAUACAUCCGAAUGUUCGGUAGCACAUGGGGACUCCUUCUUGGUAGUUUGGUAGUUGCUGCCCCUGUUAUCUUCCUUCGAAUUCAAGAGCACGUAUCCGCCGAGGAAGAUCUGAAGUUUUCUGAUGAGACCCAGUCUGUUGAGAAGUUUGAACAAAAGGAUUAA